AUGAUUGCAUAUCAGGAAAGGCGAAGGUUAAUGCUGAAAUUCGCAGACUUGAUCGACGAAAACGUAGAAGAGCUUUCGUGCUUGGAAGCGAUGGAUGCGGGAAAAUUGUACAGUUUCUGCAAGACAGUGGACAUACCCGCUGCAGCGGACACCAUACGUUACUUUGCAGGGGCUGCCGACAAAAUACACGGCUCGACUCUGAAGAUGAGUAGAUCAAUGCAGGGCUACACACUGCGCGAGCCCAUAGGGGUAGUUGGCGUAAUCAUCCCUUGGAACUUCCCCUCUCAGAUGUUCUCCAUGAAAGUGGGUCCCGCUUUGGCCGCUGGUUGUACCAUCGUCCUCAAGCCCGCUGAACAGACACCCCUUUCUGCUCUUUACUAUGCCCACUUGGCCAAAAAGGCUGGUAUCCCAAACGGGGUACUUAAUGUCGUAACAGGUCACGGCCACACUGCAGGAGCUGCCAUUACCUCUCACAUGGAUGUUGAUAAGUACCAAAAUGAGUUGAUGCAAGCAGCAGCACAAAGCAACUUGAAACCUGUUUCGUUAGAACUUGGAGGCAAAUCCCCUUUUAUAAUCUUUGACGAUGUCGAUGUCGAUAAAAUUGCCGAUCUUGCUCUCAUGGCAGGUGAGGUCUGUGUGGCCGGUUCACGUGUGUUUGUUCAAGAAGGAAUAUAUGAUAAGUUUGUUCCAAAAUUGGUAGAAAAGGCAAAGAAAUGGGUGGUUGGUGAUCCUUUUGAUCCAAAUGUUCAUCAAGGACCUCAAGUCAGUAAAAAACAGUAUGAAACAAUUCUUUCAUUCAUCGAAAAGGGUAAGAAAGAAGGUGCCACAUUGUUAACAGGCGGUAAGCCAAUGAACAUGAGAGGUUACUAUAUUGAACCGACAAUUUUCACAGACGUAACAGAUGGUAUGACUAUAGCGAAGGAAGAAAUAUUCGGACCUGUGAUGUGUGUUAUGAAGUUCAAGACAAUGGAAGAGGUGAUCAAGAGAGCAAAUGACACUAAGUAUGGGCUAGCAGCUGGGAUUAUGACAAACAACUUGAAUAUUAUGAACACAGUUUCAAGAUCAAUUCGUGCGGGAGUUAUUUGGGUAAAUUGUUACUUUGCAUUCGACAGAGACCUUCCUUAUGGGGGUUACAAAAUGAGCGGUUUUGGGAGAGAUUUGGGGAUGGAUUCUCUUGAUAGCUAUUUGCAGGUCAAAUCAGUUGCCAUGCCUAUUUAUAACUCUCCCUGGCUCUAA